GACAGUAGGAAAGGAUUACCCAUUAGUAAAGACAAACAAGAUUAAGGGCUGAUUUUGAUUUAAAUAGCUAAAUUUCAACCCUGGAAAUACGGUGACGAUUCUUUCUCGGGAAAAAUAAAUAACACUCACAUCUGAUUAAGGUUAUCCAUGACCAUUUGACGAAACAAUGUUAUCUUUGUUGUUCGAGUAUUUUUUCCAAGGUCUUGUGUUGUGCAUACUUCUCGCACUGGGUUAUCUUUAUCUGACGAGAAAAGAAGAGAAACAUGGAAAUAACAGACGAACACAGUCAGGUUUGGCCACAGAUAGCGACUUCGAGGAGGAUCAGAUUAAUGAUUUAGAAACGGACAAAAAUGCCUGGACCGAAGAUCAAACAAAGAGGUGUGAAGCUAUAGCCAAAGAGAGUGGUAUCCAUGCACUUCAAGAGAUGAUACAUUGCAACUUAAACAAAUGGCAAAACAUAAAUGUAAUCUUUGCUGUCAUCGGAGAAACAGGAGCGGGAAAGUCAUCAUUCAUCAAUGCAAUGUUACGACAAAAGGCUGGGGAAAAAGGCAGUGCACGUGUGGGAUGCACACAGACAACCUUGAAGCGCAAUGAAUACCAACAUCCAAAGCAUAAAUCACUAUCGUUUUGGGACCUGCCCGGUGUUGGAACUUCCAAAUUUCCGAAGGACACAUAUCUUGUAGACAUUAGAUUUAAAAUGUAUGACUUUUUCAUAAUGGUGACGAGUGGAAGUUUUACUGAAAAUGAGUUGUGGCUUAUAAAAGAAAUUGAGAAACGCGGAAGAAAAUUCUAUUUCGUAAGAACGAAAAUCGAUCUUGAUAUAUUGAAUGAUAGCACAAUCAACCCUGACGAUCACGAUUCGAAAAAAUUACAAGGCGAAAUUAGAGACUCAAUACACACUCAACUGUCGAAGGACGGAGUGUCGAACAAAAUUAUUUUUCUUAUUGACAAUAACUGGAAUGCUAGACGAAGUAUUCCAUGUGAAUCAUACGACUUCGAAAUACUGAUGGAACGACUGAUUGCAGACGUUCCGAAAUUAAAAAGGCAGACUCUGAUUUUCUCGUUGUCAGCUAUCAGUUUGAACCUGAUGAAUGAAAAAGUAAAGGCAUUGAAAUCGAGGAUAAAAUACGUGGCACUUGCAGCUUCGAUGGGCUCAUUAGUACCAAUCCCAGGCGCUGGCUUCUCCUGUGAAAUCGGAGCAAUAAUUCAUGAAGUUCAACUAUACAAAGAGCAACUUCAAACAGACGAAAGAUCAAUGAAAACGUUGGCUGAAAAAAUGAAUAUUAAUUUGAAUGAACUGUGUCAGAAUACAAAUGUAAAAACACAUGCCAUUUAUGCAGGUGCAAGUGCUUCACAACGACUUGUCAUUGCGCUUUGUGCGGAACUGGCUACAUCUGAAGCGGCAGAGAGCGUUUUGAAAGGCGUAGUUCCAAUUCUUGGAAACGUCAUAUCCGCAAUGGCAAGCAUUCCUAUAUGCGCCUUUACACUUCAAAAGCUUCUCAAAAGGUGCGAGGAAGAGGCUAUGAGGGUUCAAAAUGAAUUUGAGAAAUGGUCGGUUACGGCUGCUGACACUUCUGAAUAAAGCUUAAUGUUUGCAUGAUAAAAAGCGCGUACAACUAAAUAAAGCAGAAUUUUUAAUUGACUUAUAAUUUGUUGAGUACAUUUAUCAGUUAUCACUGUGUAUUCAUUUUUUAGUUUGAUGUUCUUUUCAUUUAGUUGUGGAACUUAUUGUAUUACUUGUGUUUAACAAUACUUAUAAUAUUUAUUUGUGGUUUAUGUGUUUCAGAUAAAAAAAAUCAACAACAUAAGCCAGACAAACAUACUUUAUCCAUUUUAAGAAGCAUUCUUUGAUUGAAUCAAAUUGUAUGCUACUUUUUAAUGUGACCGUAAUUAGGGCUUGAUUUUACGAUUUUAUAUUUUUGGAAUAUUUGCUUUGAUCUUUACGUAAAACAUGUCGUUCAUAAAGAAAGUUAAACAAAAAUAAACAGAAAUGUAAAAUUAAGAUCAAGGAAACAAAACAAUCAUGUCAUAUAAAAAGCCCGAAAACGGUUUUGCCAGGAAAAAAUGCAUAUUGAUAUGGCACUUGGAUAUAACGAAUGUACAUACAUGGUGUUCCUUUUCCUGUCCACUAUAUAUAUUGAUUGUAUUUACAAAGAUGUUUGCUACGAUUAUAUAAGUUUGGUCUUUGGAACGGACUGCACAUACGUGCAUAGGACAGUAAUAAGAGAUCGAACCAGCAGUCUUCGUUCAACGGACAGACACUCUACAGAGUCCCUAUAAAGGCUAGCUCAAUAGCGGACAGUAUAAGGCCCGAUUUAAAAUGUUCGUAGGUUACUCUCAUAUGAGAUAAGCACAGUGCUUGUUUGUCGGUCGUCCGAUAAAUCCCAUUUCUUUCCAAAAUAAAGAUUCAACUUGUAUAUUUCAUUGAACAAUGUAUAUUUAUAAUUGAUUUCGUACAUGACUUUUGAAGACUGGGAAAGACGAUUAAAGAUAAAAAAAAUAACUGCUACAAAUGCUUACAUAUAAUUGCAUCUCUGACUUAAUUUUGUUUUAAGAAAAGAAUGGUGUAUAAGAAGCAAACGAUUUACUUUUUAAAACGAUAUGUUAUCGAACAAUAAAACACACUUAUUGA